UCCCUAAUUUUGUCGACAAAAUAUUACUUUAAGGCUUAAUUUAAAAUGUCGGAUAAACAUUACCAGGAUAGAGUGUGAAAAAGACGUAAUUAUAAUUGCAGUUGCACAUCUAUAACCAGCAUUCUCUUACUUUCAAGAUAUACUCAAAGAAAAGUAAUCGACAACGUUGAACUAUUAAUAUUGAUUUUUCAACUUUUUUGUGUGUGGUGAAAAAAGUUUAUUUGAUAGGAUAUCUAUAAAACUCUUUAGCCAUGCCUUUACACAAAGCAUUUGAAUGCAUCUACAUAGGAGUAAUGCUAUGUGCAGUACUUGCUUCUUUCGUUGCCACGGGGCUUGUGACUUCAAAUGAAAACGAGGAUGAAUAUCUAACACAACGAGAAAAUAUUCUUGAAAAGUCCUAUCAUGGACUUAUUCGGGAAAAUGAAACUCUUGUAGAGAUAACACCGUUAAUUAAAGUCGAUGAAGAAAAAAUUUGUAACUUUCGAAUUCUUAAAAAGCCAUAUCAUGAGAUUCCAUUCGAGAUUCAAUUAGUCAAUAAUUUGGGAAUUUUAAAAGCACGUCGUACACUAAAUUGCGAGAAACGGAAAAGUUAUCACUUUGAAAUCAUAGCUAUAUAUUGCGACGGAACGCCAUCGAAUACAGCUAAUGUUCAUAUAACUGUUAUCGAUAUUAAUGAGUAUGCUCCUACAUUUCUAGAGCAAUCAUAUGUAACAGAAGUAGAUGAGGGGCGACUGUACAAUGAAAUCAUACGCGUCGAAGCUUCCGAUAAGGACUGCACCCCUCUUUUUGGAGAUGUCUGCAAAUAUGAAAUACUUAACAACGAUGAGCCUUUUGCUAUUGAUAAUGAAGGCUCAGUAAAAAAUACUGAACCCCUUUCUCAUAAAGCUUCCCAUAACCACAUUCUUUCUGUAGUUGCCUUUGAUUGCGCGAUGAAAGAAUCAGCGGCUAUCAUGGUCAGUAUAAAAGUGCGUCGUGUGUGUGAUGCAAAAUUUAUUGGUAUACCAGAGCGUAUUGAUUACACCUCCGGCAGCACUGAGAGCCUACAAUUAUUCCCUAAUACCCGCCUUGAUUUGUGUGACAUUUCGUGCAACAAUGAAGACCUAAGCAUACACGCAUCUAUAGCACUUAAGACGAAGCACAUAUCAUUUGGGUGCGAUCGUGAUAUAUCCAACUGCACCUCAAGCCUAACCAUGAAAGAUCUUUUACCCCAAGAUGCAGAGUGGACAAAGGAUUUAAACUACGAUGAAGGUGCAGAACCCAUCUAUCAUUUUGAUGGCUCUGCUGGAGUGGUUGUUCCUGAUGCAAUUGUGGAUCAUUACGAUUUCUCAAUGCGUUCGUUUAGCAUUCUUACGAUUUUUAGACACAGCAGUCAAAGUUCAACUAACAAACAUGUUAAGGAACACAUUUUGUGCAAUGCUGAUGACCACAAAAUGAAUCGGCACCAUAUGGCACUUUUUGUUCGCAAUUGUCGGCUGAUCCUUCUUCUCCGAAAGAACUUUAAUGAAGGAGAUCUUAACAUAUUCAGUCCGGCCGAGUGGCGUUGGAAAAUUCCUCAGGUCUGUGACAACGAAUGGCAUCACUAUGUACUCAAUAUUGAACAGUUCGGCAAGGUUGAGCUUUUUAUUGAUGGUAUACGAUUCGAAAGUUCCAUUGAGGAUAGUCACAGUAAUCCGGAGGUAAUUGACGAUUGGCCGCUGCACGCUGCCCAUGGAGUAAACACAACUUUAGCCGUCGGGGCUUGCUAUCAAAGUUCGGAAAAUCGUUUAAAACAUGGCUUUAAUGGAGAUAUUUCAGAGGUGAAAAUUGCUCUUUAUGGUAUUCUUACUACGGAAGACAUUAAGUGUGGAACAAACUGUGCGGAGCAUCUCAUGUCGCCUAAUGAUUUAUUAGUUGGUCAGAAUAAGAUUUCGGAAUCGGACUUUCAAAUACAGGCCAAUGAAGAAAUGAACGAAAUCUAUAUUGAAGCACAGACUAAGCACAACAUUGAGCAGCUGAUGCGUAAAAUUCAGUACAUCAAUAUCAAACAAAAUCCAACUAUAGGACGGCGUAAUAUAGAAGUUCGAACAUCGCUUAUGUGUAAUAAUCAUAGCUCAAUUCGUUUGCCGACAAUAGAAACUUAUAUCAUGGUUAACGAGCCUAUAGGCCAAGUUGGCAUAAAUGUCGGAUCGACAUCAGUCAAUGAUAAAAUGGAUACGCGUUCAAAAAACAAAGUUAAAAAGAUGAAAUCGCUCUUCCAGAAGGAUGGACUAGAUCAAGAUGUUCUAAUGGAAACCAGGAAAAUCACAAUUACUGGGACGUCUAAUAAGUUGGUAUCGUAUCAGGAAAUAAAGUUGGGAGUUCACAUUUUGGAUAAAAUUCACAUUGCCACAUCAAUUAAGAAUAGUAAACAAAUUACUGCAAAAGAGUAUUUGGAUUCGUGCAGCGUGGUUGUUUUCCCCUCUUUAAAUCCAGAUCAUGAAGAAAUUCAAAUAGAUGGGGACGAAUCUUUGUCAUCAACAAUGGAUAUAAAAACCAACAUAAAUAAGGAUGGAGUCGAAAUGAUGGGAAUGGACAGCAUUCAUAAUUAUCUGAAUGUUUUGCGUUCCCUUAUAUACAGUAACAAAAAGCCGGCUUAUUAUCUUAAUCGGGUGUUUAAGCUUUCUUGUGGCCAGCUUAGCUCUCAGUUUAAAAGUGCGGAAUACACCCUUACGCUGACUGUCCUUCAUCCAAAACAGUCGUUAUCCAAGACUACAAAUGCACCACAGCCAGCGUCCUUGUCGCAAGUAAAUAAUGCUGGAAAUCCCAACACUGCAGCAGCUUACCUCCUGAAUGGCGGUGUGACAAGAGAAGACGUCAAUCAGGCAUCUGAUAUUAAGGUCUUCUCAUAUUCACUUUUACACACCAACGAUAUACAGGAGCCGAAAUCACAUAUACACUCUAUUGUUCACAAAGUUGAAGGCUCUCAUCCAACAAUGCUGAUAAUUCUUAUUUGUGUUUUUCUGGUUAUCUUACUUUGUGGAGUUUCCAUUGCUCGGAUCAAAAAUAACCAUAAAUAUACCGAUCGACAUCAGCCAUGCCCAAAGAUCGCUGAUGACGGCUUGAUCUGGGAUGACUCUGCAUUGACUAUAACCAUAAAUCCAAUGCAAACAGACGCUGUUUCUGAAGAUAGCUCUGACUCAGAGAACUCUGAUUCUGAAGACGACGAAGCCUUGAAAGAUGGAUUCGCUCACAUCAAUCAACUGGAAUGGGACAACACCAAUAUAUUUUCAACAGCUAAUUAAAUGAUGUUUCGAACGAUGGAAUUUAAAAUGUAUAAAUGUGCUUUUAAAAUCUUAAAUACAGAAUUAACAAAUAUCUAACAGCUUCUUUAGUUUAUACUAUGUGAAUUCACAUACGCGUACAUACAAACAUACAUUUGUAUAUGUAUUUUCAUAAGCAAACAAUCGAAUAUUGUUUGUGCUAAAAAUGUAUGCAUGUAUGUAUGUAUAGAAACUAAGUCAAUGGAUAUCGAUGUGUGCAAGAAGCGAGUACAUUAUAUUUAUGUUGGCGGAAAUACAAAUUAUUAAUAAGGAAUAGUACAAUUAUAAAUGUAACCAGCAUUGCUAGAGCCAUACUAAAGGCAUCGGCCAUAAAUAUAUGCAAACCAUAAAACUAUACCAUUUAAAUAAGACCUAAAUGCUUGAUUUGUAUACCCUUGAUUGUAUACCCAAAAGGAUGUAACAUUAAUAAACAAGCCUUAAUAAACCGUAA